AUGUCUAUAUCUGCACUGUCAGCUAAGCUUAUUGUGCAUGCAUUGUACUUGGAAAUAAGCUUUAAAUAUAUCAAGUCCAUUCAAGUUGCAAAAAAUGUAAGUGUCCCACCGGAUGCCCCGGGAUGCAAUUGCAAAGGAGAGUGCACCAAUCCAAGGUCUUGUUCUUGUGCUCAACUUAAUGGUGGUGACUUUCCAUAUGUGUCUCAAGAUGGUGGCAGAUUAUUUGAAGCAAAAGAUGUUGUAUUUGAAUGUGGUCCAAAAUGUGGCUGUGGGCCACAGUGUGUCAAUCGCACAUCUCAGCAGGGAUUAAAAUACCACCUUGAGGUUUAUUGCACUAAAGACAAAGGAUGGGCUGUUAGAUCUUGGGACUUUAUUCCUUCUGGUGCACCAGUUUGUGAAUAUGUUGGAGUUCUAAGGAAGAAUGAUGAACUAGAAGAUAUUUCAGAAAAUGACUACAUAUUUGAGAUUGAUUGCUGGCAUACUAUGAAAGGGAUGGGAGGAAGAGAGAGACGCCUACGUGAUGUAUCUAUUCCUGCAUCAAACCGUGUGAAUGAAGUCGAUGAGAAAACUUUAGAAAGUGAAUACGAGCCUGAGUUUUGCAUAGAUGCCAGUUCCUUUGGUAAUGUUGCCAGAUUUAUUAAUCACAGUUGUGAUCCUAACCUCUUUGUUCAAUGCAUACUAAGCUCUCACCAUGAUGUUAGACUUGCCCGUAUAGUCCUCUUUGCUGCAGAUAAUAUUCCUCCCAUGCAGGAACUUACAUAUGACUAUAAUUAUGCAAUUGAUAGCGUUAUUGGUCCUGAUGGCAAAACAAAACAGGUGCCUUGCUUCUGUGGUACAGCUGAUUGUAGGAAGCGUUUAUAUUAGGCAAUCCAAGUUUUGGCAUUGUGGGGAGAGUCGCAGCCAGCAGCACUGUAGAGCAGAGAGUCCCCGCUGUGUUUAUUUGGUAUUGAUGAUGAUUCCCAAUCAGUGCCCUUGAGGCUUUUCUUCAAGGUUAAUAUUUGAGCAAAGAUGUUGGAAUCAUCCAUGAAGCCUCCAAAUCUCCUCACUGCUGCAAUUUUGUGUUGAGGCUGCUUCACUGGGUGU